AUUCCAGGAAUCAUUCUUGCCUUUCUUGAAUCCAAGCUUCAAGAGCUUGAUGGAGAGGAAGCAAGGCUUGCAGACUAUUUUGAUGUGAUUGCUGGAACAAGCACUGGUGGUUUAGUGACCACAAUGCUAACUGCUCCUAAUAAGAGUAAUCGGCCAAUGUAUUCAGCCAAAGAUAUCAAAGAUUUCUAUUUAAAGCAAUCGCCUAAGAUCUUUCCUCAAAAUGGAAACAAAUUAAAAUGCUGCGGCUUGGGGUUAUUUGGCUCAGCUAGGAGCUUUUUCAGUGCAAUUUCUGGGCCUAAAUAUGAUGGAAAGUACCUCCACUCUAUGGUUAAAGAUAUUCUUGGAGAUACAAAGCUUCAUCAAACUCUAACCAAUGUUGUUAUCCCAACUUUUGAUAUUAAGCUCCUUCAACCCACAAUCUUCUCCUCAUUUGAGGCAAAAACCACUCCAUUGAAGGAUGCUAAUCUAUCAGAUAUCUGCAUUGGAACUUCAGCUGCACCUACUUACUUGCCUGCUCACUACUUUGAAACUGAAGACUCAAAUGGCAAUACUCGAAGCUUCAAUCUCAUUGAUGGUGGACUUGCAGCAAAUAAUCCAGUAU